AUGGCUCUGACCUCGUCUCUCGCGGCGAUCGCGCUCGUAUGCAUCAUGUCCGUUUUCUUCAAGCACAUCAUCACGAAUCGUCGCAAACUGCCUCUGCCUCCUGGACCUCGUCGGCUUCCGAUCAUCGGGAAUGCGCUUUCCAUCCCUACGCGAAGAAUUGCGCAGGUUUAUCGGGAGAUGUCGAUGGAAUACGGCGACCUCGUAUAUCUCGAGUCGUUUGGUCAACCUCUGCUGGUCAUCGGAACUCAUGAAACUGCGCUCGAUCUCCUCGAAAAGCGUUCUGCCAAAUACGCGGACAAAGUGCACUCCACCAUGGCGUCUCUCGCAGGAUGGGAUUGGGUGUUGCCCAUCAUGCCCUACGGACCCUGGUGGCGACGGAGCCGGAAGGCGUUCCACGAGUUCUUCAACCCGGGAGCUAUCGUGCAGUACCGCCCCGUCCAGUUGGAAUGCUCCCAGCGCAUCCUUUCGCGGCUCGUCAGGGACCCGCAGCACUUUCCAGAGCAUAUCAGACACUGUAUCGGGUCGGGCAUUAUGCGCAUCACAUACGGCAUCGACAUAGAGAAGGAGACUACCCCGUACAUGGCCAUAGCCGCCGAGACGAUGGCGACGUUCGCCGCGGUGUUUGUCCCGGGGAAGUAUCUAGUCGAAACCUCCCCGAUUUUGCGGUUCCUCCCAUCCUGGCUCCCGGGAGCGCGGUUCAAGCGAGAGGGGAAAGAGUGGACGCGGAUCGUGCGGAGGCUCAGGGACACGCCCUGGAAUGCGACUGCCGCAGCUAUGAGGGAUGGCAAUGCGCCGCCUUCAAUUAUCAUGUCGAUGCUGGAACGCACCUCAGGCUUGGAAGGCCAAGCAUUGGCUGAAGAGACUACUAUUGCCAGGGACACCGCUUCAUCAGCGUAUGCCGGGGGCGCGGACACGCUGUUUUCCACUACCAUGUCGUUCUUCCUGGCGAUGGCAAGCUACCCGGAAGUCCAGAAGAGGGCUCAAGUCGAGUUAGACACAGUCGUUGGCCCACACCGCCUCCCAAACUUUGACGACCAGCCUUCUUUGCCAUACAUCGCAGCGAUCAUCAGGGAAUGCAUACGAUGGCGUAUUGUCGUACCUCUCGGCAUCAUGCAUCAUUCCAUGGAGGACGACGAGUACCGUGGCUAUCACAUUCCUAAAGGCACGCUCGUCAUUCCCAACGCAUGGGCUAUGACUCGCGACACGAGACACUACCCCGAUCCGGAAGAGUUCAAACCUGAGCGAUAUCUGAAGGACGGCAAGCUGAACCCUGAGGUCCUUGACCCAGGAGAUUUCGGCUUCGGGUACGGCCGCCGCGGAUGCCCUGGACGCGACUUCAGCGAAGCGGCGCUCUUUUCGUUUAUGUCGCACGUGUUGCACACACUCAAGAUAGGCCCUCCACUCGACGUAGACGGGAAGCCUUUGCCCCUCGACGUCGGAAUGACUGACGGCGGCAUUUUGGCACUUCCGGAACCAUUCGAAUGCACUAUCGCCCCUCGCUCUGCGGAGGCUGAAGCGCUCAUAUUCGGUUCUAGCUGA